AUGUUGCUGAAUAAAUGGAAAUUGGAUAGUGCAAGUUGUGCCACUCGUCAGAUUGCUCGUUCUGCCGAUAUUUCGCUCAAUCCACCUGGUUUUUCAUUGAAUAUUUCGUCGAUACAGCAGGAACAGGCAAGCCGAAAUGAGCAAACACAUCACUUAAUGAAGAAACGUGCAUGGGACAUGGCUUUGCAACCGAUGAAAAAUUUACCGAUGAAUAUGUUUAUGAUGUAUAUGUCGGGAAAUACAAUAAGCAUUCUUCCAAUAAUCAUGAUUGUAAUGAUGGCAUGGAGACCAGUGAAAGCUUUGAUGAGUUUCAAUGCGACUUUUAAACCACUUCAGGAUGAACAUACCGGAACAUUAUUGCCCCAUAAGAUUGUUUUUAUUGUCGGAAAUAUGUUGGCUGUAGCUAUGGCAUUGUAUAAAUUGCAUGGGAUGAGUUUAUUACCGAAUCACGCUUCCGAUUGGCUUGAUUUCCAGCAGCCUCCUCAAAGAAAACAGUUUGCCCUCAUAUCAGAUUCAUUUAUUUUAUGA